AUGCUGCGAGCUACCACGUCGACGGCUACUUCACGAUAUGGCAAGUCGCCCAGUCUCUAUUCUUAUCACACCGUCAUUCCACCAGGACCUCUUCUCAGUACUCCGAGUACGGUCGCCACUCCUUUGACAUGGAACUCAUAUUCGCAUCCCGAGGGCCAGUCAUACUUCCAAAGAAGGCUUCCCAACUACGAUGUUGUGACGGAAGCCAAUAUUCAUAGGCAAGAGACCGAGCGCCAGGUAACUGGCUGGCUCAAGUUCAUCGAUGAGACAAUCUCGCACCGGCAAAUUAUAGUGCCCUCCUCAUCGGAACUAUUCAUUGAGCUUGACGAAUCAAUAUUCUCCUGUGCUUAUUAUUUCGUAAACCAUGAAACUCGGCGCAUAUUUUGGCUUGAGCAAAUAUCCACGGAACUACUUGACAUGGGCUUGGUAGUCUCUAGCUCUCAUAUCGAUACCGCUUUAGAGAGGCUGUAUUGGGUGCAUGUUGAAUUCUUCCCUAUGCAUAUAUGUGCGCAGGUGUCACCUCAGGUGGUAGAUGACCUGAUCGGUGUAAUGUCUCAUGGUGCAGCAGACCGUUUGACCUCGCGAUCGUCCACGUUCCCGUACACCGCGGAAAGAUGUAGUCAGCUGUUACAACUUCUCUCGUUGCAACGAGGUGAGUCAAUUAUCUUCAGCGUACCCAACUCCCUGAGCGAAACUCCCGCAAAGGUCGAACCCUUGAUGGACACACAUUAUGCUUUGUUGGUGGCUCGCCUAUGGGGCGCGAUAGAUAACCAACGAUUUAUGACGUAUCACGGACAAGAAUAUGCCCAGUUAGACAGGCUACAAAUCAUGACGCCCGAGGAGGAUAUUGAUCACCAAUGGAUGAAAACCCUUGCAGACCUGGCUUUGUGGGGAAUCCCCGGCCGAUAUUUCUCUGAACUCCAUGAUUUGUUUGCGAACGAACAGGUGUUCGUCGAUCAGUGGCAUACAUUCAUGACCGCAUCUAUUUCAGAGUGGCAUUCAGCGGUAGUUUGGACUUUCCCGGUGAUGAUCGUCACUAUCCUCUCUUGCCUUUUAUCCCGUGCUUCUUUGUCGUCUGCCCUGCCAUCAAUUCUCUCGGCGUCUGGAAGCCUCGCCACCGGGUCUAUCCUACUCCUGAAGCAUCACGGCCUUGAGGACGCCACCGCAUCAUUUGCGGCACGUUAUCUAAGGGCCGCUAAAUCACGCUCGAUUGGAAUGCUCCCGUCAGCCAUUGUCUUCAGCCUGCCAAAAGGCCUUUAUCUAUGGAGCAUCGUCUUUAUGGUAGGCCACUUGCUCUUAUUGGCCUCUCACGUGAUCGGCAAACUCGCAAUGUUUGGAGGAGGAUGCUUUGUGAUUUUGCUUGUUUGGGCGGCUCUAUAUGUCACUUCUCCAGAUGAGUAUGACCAGAGUUCUAUACUUAGUAACAUUCUCUGUCGCUGGCAUUCACUUCAAGGGGAUUCUCCUGAGGCAGGUUCCUCUGCAUAA